AUGUAUAGGGCAAGAAAUAUUGUGAGCCACAAAAUUCCCAUGACACUAUCGGUUGACUUCGAUGCCGUUAAAGCUAUCAGUUUUUCAUCAUUUACUGAUGAUUUGUCUACGUGUGGUGGGAAAAGCUCACAAAAAUCCGAUGCUGUCUCAUCGAGUCCCAACCGUUCUCCUUUGGCAUUAAUUCGUUCCCAACUGAGCCCGCUGGCAUUAGGCUCGCCUCCCAAAAAAAGACCCCAUUUACAACCAGUUGCCGACUCACCAAUAUCAUCCAAACCAACCAUAACGACAGAGUCACCAUUCAAUAGUCUGUUGCGAAAAAAAGAGAAAAAUGACCUUCUUCAUCAGCCCUCAUUAAAGACCAAAAAAGCUCCACAUUACCCAACCAUCCAACUCCAAACCCAACGACCUUUCAGUUCCACAAGCAACGCAAAGCGCUACGAAGACGUUACUACACCUUCCACUACCCAUGGUCAAGCACUCAAAUCUGUCGUUCCUAUAGUUCUUUCAGCUGAGCAGGAACAUGUCCUUCAACUCGUUCGCAACGGCGAGUCGCUUUUCUACACCGGUUCUGCUGGAACUGGUAAAUCCGUUCUUCUUAGAGCUAUCAUAAAAGAGCUUCGUAAAAAGCACGAUGGUAAUAUUGCCGUUACAGCAUCGACCGGCUUGGCAGCCUGCAAUAUCGGUGGUAUCACCCUACAUAGUUUUGCAGGAGUCGGGCUAGGAGACGGUUCGAUAGAUAACUGGAUGAAAAAAGUCCGUUCCAACAAGAAGGCAUAUUCCCGCUGGGGUUCGGUGAAAGUGUUGAUUAUAGACGAAAUCCUGAUGAUAGACGGCAUAUUCUUCGAUAAGCUCAAUGAGCUUGCAAAGCGUAUUCGCCGCUCCCGAGCUCCAUUUGGUGGCAUACAGGUAAUUGCAUGUGGUGACUUUUAUCAGUUGCCUCCUGUAAACAAGAACAAAAUAGAUGGUAGCCCAAUCGAAGAGUCCAUGUUUGCGUUUGAGAGCAUGGCCUGGAAAAGUACCAUAAAAAAGUCCAUUCUCCUCCAAGAGGUAUUCCGACAGAAGGGUGACCAGCGUUUUAUCGACAUGCUUAAUGAAAUGAGAUCAGGACAGAUCGGACCAGACACGGAGAUGGAGUUCAAAAAACUUGCUCGUAAGCUUGAAUGCCCCGAAGGUAUAGUACCAGCUGAGCUUUAUUCGACUCGUUAUGAGGUCGAUAAUGCCAACAAUACCAGACUCAACUUGCUAAAAGGAGAAACUCACCUAUUUAGUUCAGUCGAUGAUGGUAGUUUACCGGCACAAUCUCGACAAACGGUUCUAAACAAUUUCUUGGCCCCACAAAAACUUUUCCUCAAGAAAAAUGCCCAGGUAAUGUGCAUAAAGAAUUUUGAUGAAACCUUGGUCAAUGGAUCUCUCGGACAAGUAGUCGGGUUUAUGGACAAGCGUACAUAUAAACUAUUCGAGAAGAUGAAGGCAGCUCCCCAUGUUCCAAUUGAAUCUCUCAACGCUCAACUCAAGGACGAAGAAAAGAAUAAUGAGGACAAGACUUUGAAUGACUAUAGUAGCCAGCAGUACAACGACUCUGUUUUUGGAUUUUUAGAUGAAGUUCCUGAGACUGAAUUUGCUGACACUGAACUAUUCUCUAGUGAAGAAUUGACUAGCAGCUUCAAAGAAAGUAAAGAUCGAAAACUCGAAUUCAUAAAUAAAAUGCUAGAGGAAGCAGACAAGAAGAAACUUCUUCCAUUGGUCAGGUUCCUCCUUCCUGAUGGUGUCAAUACAAGAGAAGUUUUGGUCGAACCAGAAACUUGGACCGUUGAAGAUGAGCACCAACAGGUUCUCGCAAGUCGUACACAAGUUCCAUUGAUGCUUGCUUGGUCUCUUUCGAUCCAUAAAUCCCAAGGCCAAACAUUACCAAAAGUCAAGGUGGACCUUAAGAGGGUUUUUGAGAAUGGCCAGGCAUACGUUGCUCUUUCUCGAGCUGUAUCACGAGCAGGUUUGCAAGUUCUCAACUUUGACAAGUAUAAAAUCAGAGCACAUCCAAAAGUUAUUGACUUCUAUUCCACACUAUUUACCCCAGAAGAAUCUCUAGCUGACCGAAAACAUGAACAUGGGCAACGGUCUUUGGAUCAUUUUUUCUCUACUGUUGCAGGCAGAGCAGACUUCAACACCUAA